AUGAAGACUCUGCUCACUGCCUUGCUGGUGGCCAUCCUGUGCAUGGGAAAAGUCCACGCACUCUGGUGCUACAGAUGUGAAAAUGAGCCUUCCAACUGGAACUGCAUAAAACUGGUGAAGUGUGCCGAAACGGACAGCUACUGCUCCACAACAGUGACCACCUCAAGACAGGGUAAGGACACCGACUACCGGCUCAGCAAGGGCUGCGCUCCCACCUGCACGGAAAACAACAUGGUCACAAGCCUAGGGUCCGUUUCCACGUCAUGCUGCCAGCGCUACGGGUGCAACUUCAGCGGGGCCACAAGCGUGAAAACCAGCAGUGCGGUGAUGGUUGUGGGAAUCCUGGCCAGUUUCUUCUACAUCUUCCGAUCGGGGUUGUAA